GAGUUGGACCACAGUAGAGUUCAGACCUCUCAGGCUGUUAACAACCAUUCUGUGGGAAGACAAACCAGAAAAAAACUUGAUGAAGUGAUGUUUUAAUAUCUGUUAACAAAUGUGUGAAGGAAGAAAAACGAAAGAGAAAAACUGAUGCUAAAGGAUAGAAGCCAACUGAAUCAGCGCCUGGCUUUUUAGCAUUACCUAUUGGGCUGUGCUAUCUAUAACAAGUUCUUAACAUUUGGAAGAAGAAUAGUUUUAUCCAUGGAUAUUCGUGGUUUUAUCGUCUAAUAAUCUGCUAAUUACCCUCAGAAACUCUCAAGGAGUUGGCGGCUGCGUGAAGAAGCUUGUUGCGCAGUCAUCUGCUAUCAGUUCUUUAUCAAAUCGCAAGAAGGCAGCAAAGAGACAAUAGAAAUGGGCAACGGACACAGUCUUCAUGCCCACAAAGUGUGUGCAGACUCCCUGAGUAGUGCAGUGUUUCCAGAGCCCAGCUGGGACAAUGUCAACUCGGAGGAACUGGAGAUGACAGAUUUCUCAAGAGGUUCGAACCCUCAUCACUCGUUUGGUGACGGUAGAAAAGACCCCACAACGACUUGUGUCCAGGACCUUCAAGACUUUGAAGACGACGAAGAAUUUGAGGAGGAAUUAAGCUGGCUGAUGUCAUCAGAAGAUUAUCUCGUGGCUUGUUGCUUAGCGCCUGACAGUAAGGAGGCCUGGCAGGACGGGCAGUUUCAAGAAGAGGAUAUGCUUGUAGAUGAGGACGACGAUGAAGAUGAAGAUUUUGAUAACUUGUCCGAUAAACACCGAACGCUUUUUCAGCUAAGCCAAAAGACGGGAAAGUACAGUAUUGACGACAAUGGGUUUCCUCCCAAACGGCGGUUUUCAACUACAGAACCCAGUUCGGGUCUAAAACAAACCUGGUGUUCACCACUUCCGAGUCGUUCUCUGGUCUGGAAGUGGAUGCUUCCGGCUGGACAGACAACUACUCGACCGCAGAAAACGACAAUGAUCGACAUGGCUUCACAAUGUCCAACAGGUCAGCAGCGAGUCGGAACAGUUCAGGUCUCUUGGACAGUGGCAGAAGGUCAGGUGAGGAGAAGACCAUACGCGAACUGCGCGAUGUGGACUUGUUGAAUCAGAACGAAAUUCACGACUUGGUUCAGGAUGAGAUGGAACGCGCGGAGGUGGACUGGCUCUGUGAGCCGGAGUGGAACAACCAGGAGAUGGAGAUCUUCUGGCACCUGCUGGAGCCACACUUCAAGAAGCUGCUGCAGGUGAGGGACUGGAGACAGCUGCCGGAUCCCUGUCUCCCCAUCGUGUUUUUGGACCCUGGGGACAGUCAUCUCCUGGACAGGAGCCUGUUGCACAUCCAGUGGCACAUUUGGAAAGGACACUACAGUCAGGCAGUCUCGGACUUCCGCUUUGUCAAAGGUCACUUUGAAUGCAGCUCCAGGUCAUUGUUUCUGUGCAAGGACAGGAGGGACGACAUCGAAAACCUGAAACUUGUAUUCCGAAAAAAGCGCCUACAAAAUUUCGGUUAUGGAUGUAAGUCUACCGGAAACACUGUCAGAACAGAUUGUCACAGGUCCUCAGCCGAGGAAACAGAUGUUGCACAUCAGAGCACAGACUGUCACAAGUCUUCAACUGAGGAGACAAAACUCUCGUUGCUGCUACAUUACCUUAGUCUCUGCAUGAGAUGGUCAUGAAAAUGCAGUAUAUAAUACAACAUCUUGCACAAUGAUACAAAACCCGCCGCAAGAUUGGACGGAAAUGGACAAGAAAGAGGAAGAAACUUUCUCUAUCAGGAAGCUGGAACUUGAAUCGGAAAAGGAUAUCCGAUGUGAAUUGUAAUUAUGUGCUUGGGAAAUCCUCUCAUGAGGGAGGAGGAUGCGGAGAUAUAGACAGAAACACUGUGUCUACCAGGAUUGAAAAUGAUGUGUUUGAUUGUAAUUGUAUUCGACAAAAAUUCCGCUGUUGAUACUCUGAACCUCAAAAACGGAUACCUCAUUUGUUGAGGUAAAGAAUGUGAAACUGCGGAAAGUCUUUUAAUGAAAAUAAUAACAAUAAACAAUUACUUUUGUAUGAUUAACUGUGUUAGAAAAACAACUACGUGUACUUUACAUUCUGUACAAGCAGCGCUUAUGUUAGAGAGAAGGCAGAAGAAAACAUGUUUAUAUUUUAUUAUCCUGGGUGUGAAGCUGUUUUUUGAUCUUCUGAGUGUGAAGCUGUUCGUACCAACGUCUUAUCGCUGAUGAAGGCCGCCAUUCCUCUCACGAACAGCAUCCUACAGAGAACAGUUCCUGGGUUGGGAUUACAUCCUCCUGGCGGUGUCUGGCCGCGAGAUAACUCCAGUGACCGUGAAAGUGUUGGCGUCUGUCUAAUCUACACUAGACAUCGGCGAAGUUCCACAGGAAGGAAGAGAGGAAAUGUGGAGUCACCCCACUAAUAAUUCAAUUAACGGAGGCGUUCACAAUCUUCUAUUUUGUGAGCUCACGAAAUGAGAUCGUCUCCAAUCAACAGGUCCUCAGACUGAUGUGGUUGGACUUGUGCUGUGUGGAUGCCGGAAGGACUUUGAUGUUAACAUGAAAGAAAGCAUUCACGACUGGUAAAUUUAGCCGAGAAUAAAGCUCAUCUCACCUCCGACAAUAUUAUAGUCGUUUUGAUACAGUUUACACAAUAUUCGGUAUGAAAUACGCAGUGCAAUUCAAUGCAAAAUGACUAAAGGUCAUAGGGCAAUAUCAUUAAUUGUAAAUAAGUAAUUGAUUCUCAUAAUACUUCUUCUGUUCCUCUUUCGUAUGCUUGCAUGAAGUGCAUGAACACACAGACGUACACACGAGAACACGCAAACACAUAAACAUGUCCGCAAACAUAACGAGAACGCGUAGUCAUCUUUUGAUGAUGAACGAUGAAAGCCCAGUCGAUAAUAUUAAUUUAGUAUAUUUACUGCUUAUGUCUAUCAUCCUAUCAUCGUCAGUGGGACCUUGCCCACUCAUCUCUUCACACACUUGCAUGCCCACUCACACACGCGCGAGCUAAUUCUCAUUCCAUUUUGUAUUUACAUUUUGUAUUUACUGUUUUUAUUGUAUAUAAUAAUACUGGGUAUUUGUCAUGUGCAGACCAAUAAUGAUAAUGUUUGUAAAUUUUGAUAUUUUUCUAACAGAAAUAAAAGA